AUGUUCAUAUGCCAGCCAAGACCAGAUCAACAUCCAACUAAUUUUCUUGCAUUUUGUCCCCACUCUCCACCCUAAAAACAGAAAAAUAGAACCUGCUACACCCAAUUAGUAAACCCUCCUCCUCCUCUCUCUCUCUAAACCACUUUACUCUCUCUCUCUACUGAUAAUGUAAAACCCCAAAAAGUUAAGCUUUGAUUCCACAUAUUCUUUUAAUUCAUGGCUGCUUCUUCUUCUUCAAGCUUUCUCUUUUGUCUCCUAUUCAUCUACAUUGCCACCUUCACUUUUGCUGAAGAUCCCACCGUUUCUUACAAAUUUGAACUUUCUUACAUUACCGCUUCACCUCUUGGUGUCCCCCAACAGGUUAUCGCUAUCAAUGGGAAAUUUCCGGGCCCUACGAUUAAUUCGACUACUAACAACAAUGUUGUUGUGAAUGUGAGGAACAAAUUAGAUGAAGAGGUCCUCAUUACUUGGGCUGGUGUACAGCAAAAGAGGAGCUCUUGGCAAGACGGUGUUCUUGGCACUAAUUGUCCGAUUCCGCCAAAGUGGAACUGGACUUAUAACUUUCAAGUUAAGGAUCAAAUCGGCAGCUACUUUUACUUCCCUUCGCUCAAAUUUCAAAGAGCGUCGGGUGGGUUUGGUGGCUUUGUUAUCAACCCGAGGUCUGUUAUUCCGACCCCCUUUGACAAUCCCGCUGGGGAUAUUACGGUUUUGAUUGGUGAUUGGUACAUAAGAAACCACACUGAUUUAAGAAACACCCUUGAUGCUGGCAGAGCUCUUGGAAUGCCUGACGGUGUUCUUAUAAACGGAAAAGGUCCUUACAGAUAUAACGAUACUCUUGUCCCCGACGGCAUUGAUCAUGAAACUAUUAAUGUCGAACCAGGCAAAACUUACCGGAUCCGUGUAAGUAAUGUUGGUGUAUCGACUAGUUUGAACUUCAGAAUUCAAAACCAUAACUUACUUUUAGCUGAAACCGAGGGCUCAUACACAGUGCAGCAAAACUAUACUAGUUUAGAUAUACAUGUUGGACAAACGUAUUCAUUCUUAGUUACUAUGGAUCAAAACGCAAGUAGCGAUUACUAUAUUGUUGCUAGUGCUAGAUUCGUAAAUGAAUCCACCUGGCAAAGAGUUACUGGUGUCGGGAUCUUGCACUACUCCAACUCUAAAGGAAAAGCGUCGGGUCCCCUUCCCGAUCCUCCUCAAGACCAGUACGAUAACACUUUCUCAAUGAACCAAGCUCGAUCCAUCAGGUGGAACGUGUCGGCUAGUGGGGCCCGCCCGAAUCCACAGGGUUCCUUUAAAUACGGUUCUAUAAACGUAACCGAGGUGUACGUAAUAAGAAACACGCCUUGGGUGACGAUUGACGGAAAAAAAAGAGCUACCCUUAGCGGGAUCUCAUUUGUGAAUCCUGCAACACCAAUUAGGCUUGCCGAUCAGUACAAACUUAAAGGAGUGUAUAAGCUCGAUUUUCCUACCGAGCCCCUAACGGGCCCACCUAAGAUGGAAACAUCUGUUAUUAAUGGAACUUAUAGAGGAUUUAUGGAAGUUAUAUUCCAAAAUAACGAGACCAAAAUGCAUAGUUAUCAUAUUGACGGAUACGCCUUUUUUGUAGUCGGAAUGGGUUAUGGCGAGUGGACGAAUGAUAGCAGAGGAACUUACAAUAAAUGGGACGGUAUUGCUCGCACUACCACACAGGUUUAUCCUGGAGCAUGGACAGCAGUAUUGAUAUCUCUAGACAACGUAGGAGUAUGGAAUUUGAGAACCGAAAAUCUCGACUCUUGGUAUCUUGGUCAAGAAACUUAUAUCAGAAUUGUUAAUCCCGAGAAAAAUAACAAAACCGAGUUGCCAAUGCCCGAUAACGCUCUUUUCUGUGGGGCUCUUAGUCGUUUGCAAAAGCCACAAGAUACUUCUCCGGCGACAACUAUUAGAUUCUCUGGUGGCGUCUAUGGAUGGUUGAUGAUGAUGUUGAUAUUCAUGAGUGGUCUAUUGAUCUGAUUUGAUUUAUGUUGACUUUUUAUGUGUUGUUGGAGUGUAAUUGCAGGCUUGUUAGUACAAAAUCUUAACUUGUGUUAUUUCUAAAUUUUCAAGAUAUAUUAAUUGAUGUUAUAGUGAUCUGGGAAUUAUUUCAUUAUUCUUUUAUUUUUCACUA